CUGUUAGUGGUCAUAAUGUCAUGGCUGAUCAGUAUAUAUGUAUACAGUAUAACGGUUUAGAUGAGGCCAACUGGCUUUCUCAUAUUAUUUGAGCUGAGUAAACACUGUGUCAUUGGUUUCAAAUAAAAUGGACUGUACUAUACUAAUAUGUCCUGUGUGUCAGAUAAUAUAACCUUGGGUUUCAUAAUCUGCUCUGUCACCAAAUGUUUUUCUGCUAUGACUAAAGAUUUUUUUCCCAGAAAGGUGAGCAGAACAAAUCCCUGCUUAACCCACAUUGUUAUGGAUUUCAUAGAAGAUUCUUCCAUCUCCUGGUAAAGUGUAAGUGAGAGAAUGAUGAGGGACUGGAGUGGAGCACUAAAAGGCCUAGUCUUUUUUGGAAGAUGGAGAAUAGCUCUCUUGGGACAGUGGCAGGAAAUUAGGAGUAAUGGGGAGAGAGAAUUCACACAGAUGGGACUGGAUAGAUUUCUGAGAAGAACAUAAUUUACUGGUUUUCUGCACAAAUGCAAUUAAUGUGUAUGUUUGAAAAUAUGUCUGUAUGAUCCAGACAACAAUAUUACAUAGGAAAUCCAUAUUAUAUAAUCUUGGGAAUUUAUAUAAAUUUUUUAACAAAAUUGUAUUGAUUGAUCGUUACAAUUUUGCAUCUGAGAGUUAGAUUCUUUUUUAAAUGUCUAUAGCUAAUACACUUAAAUUGCUACACAAAUUCUGAGUCAGAAAAUAGUUGACAUGCUCUUUCAUUAUUGCUUUUUCCCCAUUAUUUACCUGGGUGCAGUGCAGGAACCACUUGCUAAAUUAACACAGCCUUUUGUAGAUUAAUUGUUUACAAACCCUUUUGUUCUCAACUGUCUGUAUUCCCCACAGAGGGAUUGACAUCUAUAUGCAAUGUGUACUCCAACCACAGAACAUAGAACACUACUUCCUGUUUUUGUUGUUUUCUCUUGAUGUAUAAAUGCAUCUCCCCCUAAUACAGAAAGUUAAGACCGUCAAAGUUUAUGAUGCUCAGGCAAGACCAGGGUCUAAGAGAUCAUCAUCUCAUGUUGGAUCCAGAAAUGUCCAGAGCAGAGAGAGGACAUUUCAGGCCAUCAGCAGGCAGAGAUCAGUGGCUGGGUCAGCCUGCCCGGGGGGUCACGGAGCAGGGGCUGCGGAGAACACAGGGAGCCCCGGGGGCCACAGUGGGUCCAGGACGGGGAUGAGUCGCAGGGCCAGGGUGGAGGGCAUGUGGCUGGGAGGGGAGGACUUCAGUCAGAAGGGCAGUUUCAUUCACAAGCCCUCCCAGGGCUGGCUGCAUCCAGACAAGAAGAUCACAGGCACUGGGGUCUCCUACAUUGUCAGGUACAUGGGCUGCAUUGAGGUGCUGAAGUCGAUGCGAUCGCUGGACUUCAACACUCGGACUCAGGUGACAAGGGAGGCCAUCAACCGGCUAUGUGAAGCUGUCCCUGGGGGUAAGGGGGCCUGGAGAAAGAAGAACAUUAACAAGGCCCUACAGACCACCAUGGGGAAAAGUAACCUGCGUUUCGCUGGCAUGAGUAUUGCUGUCAACAUCUCUAUAGAGGGCCUUAGUCUGCUCAUCCCCACCACGCGACAGGUGAUAGCGCAUCAUCCCAUGCAGUCAAUCUCCUUUGCUUCUGGGGGAGACACGGACACGCCUGAUUACGUUGCUUAUGUAGCCAAAGAUCCAGUCAAUCAAAGAGCAUGUCACAUCCUGGAGUGUUGUGAUGGUCUGGCACAGAAUGUCAUCAGCACCAUCGGCCAGGCCUUCGAACUGCAGUUCAAACAGUACCUCCACAGCCCUCCCAAAGCCAUCCCCACCAUGGAGAGGAACAUCAGGACAGAGGACUCAGCAUGGGGCGAUGACGAGGACUCGUCGGACCACAACUACUACAACAGCAUCCCAGGGAAGGAGCCUCCGGUCGGGGGGGUUGUGGACUCCAGGCUGAGGCCUUGUAAGGCCUUGCUGGGCCACAUCCACAGCCAACCACAGAGCAAGGCAGCGCAGAUGGGUUCUCCGGCCAGGAGAGACACUGCAUCCUAUCCUUCAGGUCAGCUGUGCUACGAGCUCCACUGGGACACUGAGAACAGCACCUCAGGUGUGACAUCAGAUGGAUACCUGCGGGCAGAUGGCCAGCCCCCGGGGAGCAGGGAUUACGAGGGACACCUCUAUGUGAACACCCAGUGUCUGGAGGAUCUGGAGCAGGAGGGCCACAGGGCAGCCAGGGGACCAGACAGUCCCAAGAAGGACAUAUUUGACAUGAAAAUCUGCUCCUGCAUUCCGCCCCGUCAUCAGCAACAGCAUUCUGGACCAUUUGAGGAUGCUCUAAAGAUGCACGAGGCCAGUGGUAACAGCGGGGUGUGUGUGUUGGAAGACCAAUGGCCUAGCCCACCCCGGCGCCGUGCCCCUGUCGCGCCUACAGAGGAACAGCUCCGACGGGAGCCAUGGUACCACGGUCGUAUGAGCCGCCGUGAUGCAGAGAAACUGCUGGUCCGAGACGGGGACUUCCUGGUACGAGACAGCGCCACCAAUCCCGGACAAUACGUCCUGACAGGCAUGCACUGUGGCCUGCCCAAACACCUACUGCUGGUUGACCCAGAAGGAGUGCCCACUCCUCCUCGUCACUGUCAGGUGCGCACCAAAGACAUGCUGUUUGAGAGCAUAAGUCACCUGAUCAGCUACCACCUGAAGAACGAGCUUCCCAUUGUGGCGGCUGAGAGUGAGCUUCACCUCAAACAGGUGGUACGGAGGAAACCGUGACCUUCCCUACCAAGCCAGCCUCAGAGGAGAUGACACUGUGUAAUGGGGUCAGCAGUGUUUUCAUGUAAGCUCAAGAUAGGAAGAUCUUCACUUUGCCAUAUGCCCAGAAUCAGAGCUUUCACUGGACCACGAGGACACACGUGACUCCCUUUACCUGGAACCCAGGGGGAUUUUUACAUUGCCUGGCGGCCACAAACUGUACACUUUCUCCACCUGCACUCUCAGCAUGCAGUCAUUAUGGUAACCAAUGCCUGGACAACUCAGAACGGGAGGUAAUAAACUACCCAUUCACAAGGAUGGAACUGGAGAUCAGAGGUCACAGAGGGUCAGCUGACACCAUCACAGUCACAUACAAAAGUUGUGCCAGGGUGAUGUGGCAGCUCAUCCUGAGUCCCAGCACGAUUUCAGUCAAGACAGGUGUACAUUCAUAGAAACAUCUAUGUUUAUAACAAUCUGUCAGUACGAGAUUGUUCUGUUGAAUCACCCGAAUGCAGUUUUCCGCUCCUCCUACAUUGGGAUACUUACAGACUUGUAAAAGCUGUUCAUCUGCAACAGUGGCACCUGACCUGCACCUAUGAUUUAUUCAGAUGUAAUCUCUGAAAAAAAUUCAACUGGCUUUAAAUAUUUGAUUAUACUGUAGCAUGAAUUUAAGAUACAGUACUAACCAGACACCAACAUAGAAAACGUUUCUGUCCCAUCAAUAACCACGGGACGACUACAUAACACAACCAUGGGAAUAUACAGUUGGCCAAAAUACAUGAGGAGUGUCAAGGUGAUUGAUCAAUAUUAACCAUAAAUGUGUUUGCUUGGGAGAUUCAUAGCUUGUCAGUGAAUAGCUACCUAAAUUAGGUUUUCACCAAGCCUGCUGUUUGAAGUUUUUCCAGUCAGAGCCUGUGCUACCAGAAGGCAGACUGCCUUGCUACAAGUGACUCAGUGUAUCAAUAAUUAUCUCUUCAGACCCGUAAAAUAGUUCAGUGCCUUAACAUUUGAUGUCUUUCAUAUCUAUCCACCUACACUGCUUGUACAGUAUCUUACAUAUCUACCACAGAAGAAGACACAUUGUGUGCACUGUGUGUAUGUAUAACCUGAGAACAAAUGACUAAUUUUAUUGCCAUGCCAAACCUCAGUUUAUUCCAACGUUUCUCAAACUCGGGGUCUAAACCUUAAAUGGUGUCACCUGGGUCAAAACAUUCAGUUGUAAGAAAAGAAUGGCGCUUGGUUCAUAGAACUAUGGUUUUAAAUACAAAAUAUUCUGACCCCAUUCUUCAAAGAUAAGACAGUAACGAACACUAACAGGUCUUCUGUAACCAUCAGACCCUGUACAGCAGAGUGGACAGGACCAGGGAGUAAAUCAGAUUGUAAAUCAGACUCUGGAAAAUUAAACUUCUGCACAGAUUAUCUACAUGUAUUCCUUCAUGAUCCCAGGUGUUUUCUUGAUUUUUUUUCAGACAUUAUCGGUGCAUUUCAAGUUAUACUCUACUUAUUUCAGAUUAAAAUAUUACAAUAUUUUGAGUUGGUCUAAAACUAUUUGAAAGACUGUAAAAGAUUCAUUGAAAAAGUUAUCAUUGCUGAAGACAUUUACCUUUUUUUACAUUGAAAAAUAAAUGUUUAUUUAAAAAUGGGGUCACUGGCCCAAUUUUUUUUUAAGACCCUUAAUUAAUUAGGCAGACUGAAUAUUCAAAAAUACUGUAGCACCUCUCAUCAUGUUCUGAUUGGCUAUACUUUUUUAUGUACUUCACGUUCUAUUAUUCCAGUCCUACAAUCAAAGAUGUUUGCAACUGAUAUGCCCAACUUAUUUGAUCACAAUUCUGUGUUGUUAAUUGAUGUCGGAUUGAUUGAUAGAGGACUCCCUGGUCUCUGAUGUGUCCAUUCUUUAUGCAACUUUUUAAAAUUACCACUUUGUUUUCUCAGGACUUUCUAGUAUGAACUCUUGUUUGAAGAAAAUGCAUUUUUGUCAAUAAAAUUAGUCAAAAUGGAU